AUGGCGCCUCUCCAGAAUGGCCGCACCAAUGGCACUAAUGGCGACAUAGCGACGACCUCGGCCGCUCGCUUCUCCGACAUUCCUGAUGCUAUCGACAUCCCAGCUUCGAGCUUCGACAGCGAAGUCGAAGUCAGCCUUCUAGAUCUACCAGAGGAUCCCACUGAACUGUGUACACUACUUGAGAACGAACGCGCCGCAAAGAAUUUCUGGGUCAUCAUUGCCCUGGCCUACGCCAAACGAAGACAACUCGACCAUGCCCUCGACAUCUUACAAAAGGGUCUCGCUUCCGUCGCUCAUGGCGCCACAAAGGAGAAGCUUGGCUUGCUCGGCUGGAUCUGCUGGUUGCUGAUGCUGAAGAGUCGCCAGGCGCCACGGGUGGCUCCUGAAGGCGAGCUGUACACUGAGGCCAAGACGAAGGAUUACUACCUGCAACAGGCUACGUCGACCUUGAAUGAGGCUUCGCGCCUGAACCCAGCGUAUCCCCCACUGUUCUUGGCCCGAGGUGUUCUCUGUCUUCUGCGCGCCUCAUUACACCCACCCCGUUCUGCGCGCCCCGGCACAAUUGAUAACUCGGAUCGUGUCGAAACGUUGCGUCAGGCUCUGAAAUGUUUUGAGGAAUCAUCCAAGGCAUUCGGUGGUCGCAAUGUCAUGGCAAUUAUGGGCCGUGCGCGUGCACUGUACAUGCUGGGACGGUACCAAGAUGCUUUGGUCGCUUACCAGCAGGUCUUGAAGAUGAUGCCAAAUCUGACGGAUCCAGAUCCCAGAAUUGGUCUGGGAUGCUGCUUGUGGCAGCUGAACUUUCAAGAGCAGGCCAAAGCUGCGUGGGAGCGUGCUCUGUCUCUGAACCCCAAUUCAAAAGCCGCGAACGUCCUUCUGGCAGUUUACCAUUUCCGCGUGACUGCGCGUCAGAGUCUGUUGGACCCAAAGUUUGGGGCUGUGUACAGAGCGGCCGCGGCCAAGUACGCGCAGAAAGCGUUCAAAUUGGACAAGGAGUAUCCCAUGACAUGCACCCUGCUCGGUGACUAUCUUCUCGUCAAUCAGGCUUAUCCGUCCGUUGAGACUCUGGCUCGCAGAGCCAUUGAAAAAACAGACGUCAUGCCAAUCGCCAGUGAUGGAUGGUACUUGCUUGCUCGCAAGUCUCACCAUGAGGGAGAUGUGGCUCGCGCGACGGAGUACUACAACCGGUCUGAUCAGGCUCGUGGUGGUGGCGAUCAUGGCUAUCUUCCGGCUAAAUUUGGCGCUAUUCAGAUGCAGAUCACUAACAAUGAUCUUGAAGGUGCCAAGUUCCGGCUGGAGAAGAUUGUGCAGUCCGCCAAGACCGCCGAGACGAUGACCUUACUGGGUGCUCUUCUUGCAGAGGAAGUUUUCGCUGCUGGCAGCAAGGAAGACAAAUCUGCUGAGCGCCAGCGCGCCAUUACGAUGUUUGAGGCUGUGCGGUCCAUGUGGAAGGACGAGAAGCAGGUGCUCACUCGGGAAGAAUCCGUCCUGGUCUAUCUCGCUCGACUUUACGAAAGCUCGGCGCCCGAGAAGAGCAUGCAGUGCCUGGCGCAGCUGGAAGAACUCCAGCUUUCGGUCAUUCCCGAUGACGAGCGACCGGAGGGUGAGGAUGCUGAGCAGCUCAAGGCCGCUCUGCGGGAGUUUUUGCCGCCGCAGCUUCUCAACAACAUGGGAUGCUUUUUGUAUCUGGGCGAAAAGAUUGCCUUGGCGCGUGGCAUGUUUCAGGCGGCUUUAAACGCUUGCGUGAAAUCAUCCGAGCAGGAUAACGGGGCCGACCACGACGCUCUCCUGACAACAAUCAGCUACAAUCUUGGCCGAACGUACGAGGCAGCUGACAUGAGAGACGAGGCUAAGAAGGUCUACGAGGGCGUCCUCGAGCGUCACAGUGGAUACACCGAAGCCAAUGCCCGUCUGACUUACAUUGCUUUGUGUCACGACCCUACUGACGAGGGCCCCAAGAGGAUUGCUAAGCUUUACGAGACCGAGUCGACGAAUUUGGAAGUUCGAGCCCUCUUCGGUUGGUAUCUUAGCAGGUCGAAGAAGCGAACGUCCAAUGUCAACGAAGAUGCUGAGCAGCGCCACUACAAGCACACGCUGCAAUAUCAUGACAAGCACGACUGCUAUGCGCUGACUGGAAUGGGCAAUGUUCAUCUGCAAGUGGCUCGAGACAUGCGCCGCGAUACCGAGCAGGACAAAGAAAAGCGUCGUAAAAUGUAUCAACGUGCAGUGGAGUUCUUCGACAAGGCGUUGCAGCUGGAUCCCCAGAACGCUUACGCAGCUCAGGGUAUUGCCAUCGCCUUGAUCGACGACAAGAAAGAUCACAGUAAUGCAUUGCAAAUUCUCACCCGAGUCCGCGAUACGGUUCAGGAUCCCAGUGUCUACCUCAACCUGGGUCACGUCUACGCCGAGUUACGCCAGUACUCCCGCUCAAUCGAGCAUUAUGAAGCUGCCCUCAACAAAGACCGCGCCCGCGAUGUCCAGAUCCUCGCCUGUCUCGGUCGUGUCUGGCAGCUCAAAGCUAAGCACGAAACCAGUCUCCAAGCCAUGAAGACGGCACUGGACUAUGCCCAACGCGCACGCGCUGUGUCUCCGGAGGCUCCACACUGCCAAUUCAAUGUCGCCUACGUACAGAACCAAAUUGCUCAACUUUCAUACACUCUCCAACCGCAUCAAAAGUCGGUUCAAGAUGUCGAAGAAGCCGCCGAAGGUCUCAAAGAGGCCAUUGAGACCUUCGAUCGCCUCUCCAAGGAGAAGCAUCCCCCUUACCCAGCCAGUGCUCUCGAGCAACGUGCCAACAUGGGUCGUACCAUUGCGAAGCAAUUGGAGCGUGCCCUUCAAAGCCAGAAGGAGUACGAAGAGAAGAACGCCACCAAGUUGCGCGAAGCCCGUGAAGCUCGAGCUAAGGCCAUUGCCGCCCGUGAGGAACAAGUGCGUCAAGCGCAAGAAAUUGAAGCUGAGCGCAAACGCAAGCUUGCUGCUGAACGCGCCCAGAUGAUUGAGGAGCUUCAACGUCAUGCUGUGGAGCGCGCUGAGCGUGAACGUGCCCGCGAAGAGGCCGAACUGACCGAGGGCAGCGAUGGUGAACGAGUCAAGCGCAAGAAGAAGAGCAGCAAGCGCAAGAAGAAGGAUGACUUUGUGGCUGCUGAUGAUGAGGAUCUCGGUGGUCGCGACGAUAGCGAUGCCGGUGGUCGAAGUGAAGGGGACGCGGCGCCCAAGAAGAAGCGUCGGUUGGAACGACGUAGCGCGGCGACGGCGAAAGCCAAUAGCAAGUACAAGAGUUCCGAGAUGGUUGUUGACUCGGAUGACUCGGACGAAGAAGGUGCAGGAGAUGAAGCCCGAGGAGGAUCGGGUUCGCCUGCGAACAACGAUGACGAUGACGUCGCGGGACUGUUUGAGGAUGAUGACAAUGAAGAGAACAACGAUGAAGAGCAGCAAGACAAUGCGGCUCCACGUCGACGAGGCAAGGCCGCUCUUCGAAUUGAGGAUGAUGAAGACGAAGAGGAUGAGCAGGAGGCAGGAGGCGAUACCGCACAGGUCGCCUCCCCUGCGAAUGGCAUUUCUGUUGCUUCUCCAGCUGCUGGUGAGGGAGAUGACGAUGAGCUCUUUGGCGAUACGACCAUGCAAGACGAGUAA